AUGCCCACCUCCCAGAACAUUUGCUUCACCCCAUCCUCCUUCCUCCUGACGGGCAUCCCGGGCUUGGAGACCCAGCACAUCUGGUUGGGCAUCCCCAUCUUCUCCCUGUUUGUGGUGUCCAUGAUGGGCAACACGGCCAUCCUGUGGGUGGUGCGAUCAGAGAGGAGCCUGCACCAGCCCAUGUUCCUCUUCCUGGCCAUGCUGGCGGUCACCGAUCUGGUGCUGUCCACCUCCACCGUACCCAGGAUGCUGGCCGUCUUCUGGCUCGGUGCCCAGGAGAUCGGGCUGGAGGCCUGCCUGGCCCAGAUGUUCCUCAUCCACUGCUUCGCCACGGUCGAAUCUGGCAUCUUCGUGGCCAUGGCCUACGACCGCUACGUGGCCAUCUGCACCCCACUGCGGCACUGCGCGGUGCUGCCCUUUGCCGUGGUGGCCCGGAUAGGGCUGGCGGCCCUCCUGCGGGGGACACUGUACAUCGGCCCCCUCCCGUUUCUUCUGCGCUGGCGGCUCCCCAGCUACCGGCACCGGGUCAUCGCCCACUCCUACUGCGAGCACAUGGCAGUGGUGGCCCUGGCCUGCGGCGACCAGCGGCCCAGCAACCUCUACGGCAUGGCCAUCGGCUUCCUGGUCCUCAUCCUUGACUCGUUGGCCAUCACUGCCUCCUAUGCUCGGAUCUUCGGCGCCGUGCGGGGGCUGGCUGCCCCCGAAGCCCGGCGCAAGACUGCGGGGACCUGCGCCGCCCACCUCUGCGCUGUCUUGGCCUUCUACGUGCCCAUCGUCCUCUCCUCCCUCACCCACCGCUUUGGCCCCCACAUCCCGCCCCAUGUCCACAUCCUGCUGGCCAACGUCUACCUGCUCAUCCCGCCCGUCCUCAACCCCAUUGUCUACGCCGUGCGCACCAGGCACCUCCGGGAGACACUGCUCCGCAGGCUGUGCUGA